GAUUGGGCUGCUAGUUUAAGGACCGCGUCCCGCGCGGGACGGUCCCGCCAUGUACCGCCAUAAUAGAAACCCGCAUCGGGUCGGGACGGGACGGGACGGGAGAGCCCAAUUGCCAUCCCUAGUAACAAACAACAAAUAUUGUUGCUGUUAAAGGAAUAUACCCGUAUUUGAUGUUUUAUUAUUUAAAAUUUAUUCUAACAAAUCUUUUGAUAAAUACUUUAAAGAUAUUUUAAUUUUCAAAAACUUUAUGUUAAUAUUUUCACUAAUUUUGUAAUUAGCAAUAAACUAUUAUUAUGCAUUACUAUAUUCAAUUAUCGUUUAUAAAAUGAAAGAAAAACACUAUCCUAUUUUUAUCUAUUUUAUAAUUAUAAUCAAUCAUGUUAAAAUAAAAUUAUUAUAUUAAACUAAAAAUGAUAUAUUUAUAUUAAAUUCAUAAAUUUUAUUAUUCAUAAAUAUAAAAUAUCCAUGUUAAGAAUAUAAUACGAUGAUAUAACUACUUAACAUUAGCAAACUAUAUAAUACAUGUAUAAUAUUAAGAUUUUCUAUAUACAAUAAUAUAUCAUCUAAAAUGAAUAAAAGUAAAAAAAAAAAUUAUUGCUAAAAUAAAAAUCCAGCUUUGAAAAGCGGCCCAUAAUUUAGCAUAAAUUAAAUGAAAAACAAUUUUUAAAUAUGUUGCUUCAUUCAUAUAUUAGUUUGUCUAAUAACUAAAUGUAAAUAAAAUAAAAUAAAUAUAUAAUAAGAAGCAACAACUACAUAUGAAAAUUUUAAACAAUUGAUUAACUACAACAUAUAAACUAUAAAAUUAUUUUAAAUUAUUGUAUCUGAAAUAUUUAUAUUAACAUUUAAAUACAUGAUUAAAUCUGAAAACAAACACCCGCGCAGUUGCGCGGAUCGAGCUCUAGUCUUUUGGUUAAGAGAUUAAUGAAAGUACAAAUGCAUUGUAUCUUUAAUUCGUUAUUUUGACCUUAACAAAAAUAAUACUAGAGCACUAGUUUUUAAAAAUAAAUAGAAAAAGUUUCAAAAGUAUGUUCUUUUGAAACUUUCAGAAAAUUAUCAAAAUUUUAUGUCUAGAUUUUUUCCCUUUUGUUUCCCAUUUUACUUAUGACCAUUCCAAACAUUCUUUCAAUAUGCCAAUCAGACAUUAGUUGCAUCUUUACAUUCAGAAAUCGGUUUGAUAUUUUUAUUUCCUACUGGAAAUCUGACGGAUUAACUCGAAACGAUCUUCUUGAUCUGUUAGUUAACAAGCAAAGCGAUCUUGUAGGGGUUGAAAGACGAGAGUGCCUGCCCUUUUCUUUCAGCAUGAUGGUGGAAUCAAGUGAGUAUCCAGUUCGUCCUGGUAUAAAAGAUUGUCAGUUUUAUCUAAGAACUGGUAGAUGCGGCUACGGAGAAAAUUGUUGCUACAAUCAUCCAAAGGAGACACCAAGAGGGAAGAUUAAUAUGCCAAAGUGUAAGUUUUUUCUGAGAGGAAAAUGUAAGAACGGCUCACAUUGUGAUUUUGAUCACUCAAAGGAAGGGGAUCGUGCAGAACAUACGCGUCAGGGCCAGAAAAGAUACAGAACUGAGUCAACGUCAAGGUCAAGUCCAAGUCCAGAGAAGAGGAAACAUAGGCAGGGAGAUAUUGAGAAGCAGAAAACAGAGGCUGAAGACAUUCCGCAGGGAGAAAAAUUGAGGGAGAUGCAAGAGAAUGAUAAUGAUCAACAGAAACUAGUGGAACAGAGAAAGAGAGAUAUUGAGAGGCAGAGGAGAGAGGCUCGUUUGAGUCUUGAGCAGAUCAAACCAACAGUUUAUUUUGAUGAAGCCAUUCGCAUCAGAGAGAUAUUAGCAGAAUUUGGAUUCAUACAUACAGAAGGCGAUGGAUUAUAAUAGUUACGAGGAUACAAAAGAGAAUUCCAGCUUCUUGGAACACAAGAAACUGAUGCGUUGUGAAGCUUUCGUUUUUUUAACCUCGUGGUUGUUGUAUUGAUUAAACUACCGAAUAAAUACUGAGAUUGGGAUACAUUUGAGCAUAUAUGCUCUGGAUAUAAGC